GGCGUCUGGGUUUGAUAUUGGACUUGGAACUUUCGCGGCUCGCUCUACUUGAGUGAUUAUUAAUCCCAUUACUCUGAAGAAGCUUGACAGCCAUCGGAUCAUGGCAGAGUUAAGCACUAGCCAGCCGCUGGUAUGGAUUGAUUGUGAGAUGACCGGGCUCGAUGUAGAUAACGACGUUAUUAUUGAAAUAUUCUGCAUAAUUACGAACGGGGACUUGGAAGUGCUGGACGAGGAGGGAUGGGGAGCAGUGAUUCAUCAAUCGAAGGAGACGAUGGAUAAGAUGGACGAAUGGUGUACACGGACACAUGGUGAGAAUGGCCUCACAGCAGCAGUCCUCGCAUCCACAGUGACUCCCGAACAAGCCUCCACGGAGCUCCUCGAAUACAUCAAGAAGUACGUGCCAGAACCCAAACGAGCGUUAUUGGCAGGGAACACAGUGCAUGCGGACAAGGCCUUUCUGCGGAAACAGCCUUACACGAAAGUCCACGAUCAUUUCAGCCAUCGAAUAUUGGAUGUGAGUAGCUUGAAGGAAGCUGCGAAACGGUGGAGCUCGGUGGAUAUUGUUGCUGGGGUGCCAAAGAAACAGCUGUUGCAUAAAGCGAAGGAAGACAUUCUUGAGAGUAUCGCUGAAGCAAGGUAUUACAAGGAGGUAAUCUUUCAAAAGCCAGCGAGAGGAUCCAACUGAAGAUAUAAUAAUGAAAUAAAUACCUUUUACCGCC